AUGAAUGGAGCCGUAGAAGCAGCCAAUAAGAAUAUCAAGAAGAUCUUAAGGAAAAUGAUCGAAAAUGAUAGAUCAUGGCAUGAGAUAUUGCCCUAUGCUCUGCGAGGGUAUCGUACAAUAGUUCGAACCUCCACUGAGGCAACUUCUUAUCUACUUAUGUAUGGGAAUGAAUUUUCGAUACCUAUUAAGGUUGAAAUACCUUCCUUAAGGAUUAUUCAAGAAGCUGGAUUAAGUAACGAAGAAUGGGUACUAUUUAACUUGAUUCGACCGUCGGCGCCGAUCCGGCCCCUGGCGCCGACCUCCGGCCCGAUCUCCGAGCCCCGGCGCCGAUCUCCGGCCCGAUCUCCGAGCCCCCUGCGCCGACCGUCGGCGCCGACCCGGCCCGAUCUCCGAGCUCGACCUCCGGCCCGAUCUCUCUCUCUCUCCCUACCCUCUCUCCCUCCCUCUCGCACCGGUACCUGGUCCCCGACGCCGUCGCCGACCUUCGGUGCCGACCCGACUCGACCGUUGACCCCGACCUCCGGUCCCCAGCGCCGACCCGGCCGUCGACCCCGACCGCCGACCCGACCGCCGGCCCUGACCGCCGACCCGACCGCCGGCCCCGACCGCCGACCCGAUCGUCGGGCCCCCCACCCCCCACCCUUACCUGUUCUGUCCGUACCCCCUCCACCUCGGGGUUCAGCCAGCCAGCUGCCGCCCGGUCUCCAGCCGCCACCCGCCGCUCCGUCUCAAGCAGUCGCAGCUCCAAGCGUAAUCCGGUGA